GUUGUGAACAGCUUCUUGUUCAUCGCCAGUGCCAGGAAGAGCACACACAAUUGUGUAAACAAGUGCCUCUUGUUGGCUAAGAAGAAGUAAACCUAAACCUAAACGUUUUCACUUUAUCUUGUAACGAGUUUACCAGAAUUUUCAGGGUGGAAUAAAGAUGCAGCACCAUUAUGUGAAUAAGAAAAGAAAGUCAGACAGCCCCUCCUUCUGCGGUGAAGAUCGUACUCAACAUUCUUGUGCGAAAAUGCAGCUUUAUUUUUUGGCCGUCCUCUUUUGUCUUUCCCCAUUUUCACCUCCGCAGAACCACUUCGUGCAUUCUCUAGCUCUUUCGUCCGCCACCCCUCCGAUACCACCAACAAGUGUCAAGCCGGCAAGAAAUGCCUUAUCAGGAGUUGAAGCAGAAAGCGAAAGAGCCUCGCAGCAUGGAGGAGUAGAUGACGAAUUGCUACAACAAGCAGCAUCGCAUCCAUCACGCUGUGGAAGUCCGCUUCGUGUGGCAGGUCGAGGCCAGGAGAGUUACGUGCAACGUCCCGCAGGCCUCCCCCCGGCGUUGCAGGUGGAACCAGGGGAGCUGUGCCAGGAGUAUCAUGUGGGCAACGGUUCAUACGCUGGCAAUAGUCCCGCUCGGGAAGCACAAGCAGCGAACUCGAAUCACCGAACUAGCAGCAGAAGCACGUCUACAGCGGCAGGUCCUUUCCAAAUCCAGGGUUCACUUGCCAUCGCAGCCCCAUCAAGCAGUCGACCUGGAGGUGGACCUGCUUCGGGCACCACCACCACGACCAGGGGUGGCUCCUUUGGGGGACUGUUGCAGGCCGGCAGACACACCGUCGCGAACCUGAUGCGGGGAACGGUGUACUCCUCGGCCUCGCUGUUGAUGGACAAAACGGCGUUCCUCUCCGGCCUGAUAGAGCACGAGCUCGCCGUCGCGGGCACCACCCGGGACCAGCUGGUCUACGUGUCGCUGAAACAGGUGCUGUCGCAGGGCCUGAGCCUCACGUUCGGCGUGGGCAAGCUCGCAUGGGAGGACCUGACGCAGGAGGUGGAGAAACGCGGCGGGCUGCACCAGCUCGCGAAAGAAAUCCGGGAACAGCACCUGCAGCCAGUGUACGACAGUGUCAUGGCCGAUAUCCGCACCCGCUGGCGACAAAUUGACACCGACUUCGAGGAGCAGACCUGCGCGAAAAAAUUGGACCGCGCAGUCCUGGAAAGUCGGGAACAACAGAAAUCUUUCAAUCCGGAAGAUACGUCGGUAGGAGCUGCCGUGGGAUCUUCACCGGGCCAGAACAGCUACACGAAAAGCAACAAUCUGCUGCAGCAGAAGAAAAAGCGGAAAACGACCGUGGAGAUUGGAGAACCGGUAUUGAGCCAGCAGCAAGGCGGGGGCAUCGGGUCGUGCUUGGGGUCGUAUGGUCCCGCCGAGGGGGGUGGUCGCGACGUGGACGAAAUGACAGACGACUUUUUCGAUUUCCGGUCCUGUUGCUCGGGGUCCAACGAAAGUCUGCUUUAUCUCGCCAGGACGAUGGCCAGCACCGCGGGAGGACUGGAGGGAAAUAAUUUCGGCACGACCUCCGGUGCGAGUGGUUCGGGGCCGAAUUGUUCAUCUCCGGCUGCUGGUGCGCCCGCCGCUUCCUCCACCGCAUGCAGUCUGCGCGCUCGUGGUUUGUACUACUUGAAGCGCGCGAUCCAAAUCGUGUACAACGUGCUGUGGACGCUGGCGCGGCGGGGCAUUAUGCCGGUGACCAAAUUUGUGCUGCAAUUGUUGGAAAUGGCCUUUCCAGAGGCGCGUGACGAGGAGGCCGACCUUGAGGCCGUGCCGGAAGAUGCCGCAGCCGCGCACGCGGCGCAACAGGAGGAAGGUGAUUUCGUAGGAGAUGGCGCGGCAGCAGGAAGUUCUGACACUGCAGGAGCUGCUGCAGCAGAGGACAUACCGCAGAGAGAAAUCAACAAAAACGUGGAAAGCCAUCAACCGGAGGUCACCACUGCAGGUGGGACGAGCGCCGUUCUUGGCCGCCAGUCGUCGUCUUCAUCAGACUUCGUAUUCGGCGGAGCGGACGAUGCUGGGGAGCAGAGCGAGGAAGAUGAAAUCCAGGUGCCGAGCUAUGAAAGCGACAGUGGCGGCAGCGAGCUGCACUUGGAAGUUGAAACAGGCGCGGAUGACGACGGUGAGACGGACAAAGAGAUGUAUUCUCCGGAAGAUAUCGGCAGCGCCGGAGACCCGAAAAUGGAUGUGGACGAUGGAGCGUGAACAAGAAGUCGAACCUCGGGCGCAGAAGAUGAAUCACGGUAGCAUGGCUGCAGAGAUGUGCUGCCUGAUCCUUGAGGAUAACAACCAGUCAUUCCAGCAUAGAAGUUAGUGCUUUCCAAAAUUUUGUUUAGUUUUUGCCUUUCCCUUUUGAGAUCAAGUUGUAAAUCCGGACUGGCGCGGCCCUCCUCCUGGCAUCAGUGUCAAAUCACCAACAAGGCUGUUGCGAUGCAGCAAUACUAGCGCAUUCUUUUGGUCUUGCUGCAAACCUCCACGACCACUGCCGCGUCCAUGGGCCUGCAUACAAACAAUUGAAGUUUUGCACGCUUCUCGUGCAAGCGGCUCCCUUGUGCUUUGUUUCACGCGUAUCUAAAUGUCCAUUGUAAACAAAUAACGACGGUGGAGUUGGUUUUGUAGUUUUUCGUUGAAUUUAUGUAUUUCGAAUUCGAGAUUGUCCGUGUCUGCUAAACGCAACCAUCGCAUGAAUGAUUUCUCUGUGCCAAGCACUUCUCAGCGAGAACCUAGAAUUUUGGCUGUGUUCCUCAUCCACGAAUAUGAGUGAGUAUGUUGAGACACAUGUUGUUGGAGUUGGAUUGAUCUGCGAGGUGACAUAUGUCGAAUAUGGCGGAGCGGAUGGGGAGCAUAACUAGGGAGAAGAAAUCCAAGCGCCGAGCUGCGAAAGCGACAG